AUGAUGCUACAGGAGAGCACUUCACAAGACUGUUACAGGAGCUAUCGGCAUAACAGAAGCUGAUGUGCUGCAGUCUGAUGUGCCUCACUUUUUUUCUUCAUUUUAUCAUUCCUUUUUCAUUGGGAUUUGUGAGAUAAAUAAUGACCUAAAUAUACAGGAGAUAUUGGGAAGGUAGCUGGCUAGACCAGUCUCAAGGGGGUUUCCCCAUGUUACCCUCUCGCUGAAGGUCUUACUCUGAACCAUAUAGAAUUGGGCAGAAUAAAUACGAGUUUCUUAUUUUUUUGUGAAGAUAUCUCUAUUUUGGAUCUUAGAACGUUUGGAAAGAAAUCUCUAUUUGGGAUCUUUGGAAAGUUUGCAAAGAUAUCUAUUUUUGGGGAAUUUGCAAACUGGAGAAAACCUUUUUGUGGAUAACUUGUUUUGGAAAUCUACUCCAUAGUUCCAGACUUCCAGAAUGCUGUGUUCCAGGGGCAUGCUCCAGCAGUGGAGUCUAGCUGUGUUCCUGCUGUACUCUUCUGUCCCUCUCUACGGGAGACCCCUCGAUGCUCUCACUAACAGAAUGAGGAGGUCAGUGAGCCACGCCCAGCUGAUGCACGAUAAGGGCCGUUCCCUGCAUGAGUUCAAGAGACGGCACUGGAUCCAGGAACUACUAGACCAAGUCCACGCGUCCGACAGCGAGCGAGCCCCGGCUCCCCAGAGCAGGACCAGUGCUAAUGAGUGUCACAGCACCUUCAGCGGAAGCGCCCUAUCCCCCCCCAAACCCUCUGGAGGGACCAAGAACCUCCCCCUGAGCUUCCGGCUGGGAGGGGAGGGGAGCAACCUCCCCCAGGAGACCAACAAAUCUGUGGCCUACAAACAACAACCUCUGAAGGUGGUCACCAAGAGGAAAAAGAAGGUGAAGGGGGAGAGAGGGAGACGGAAGGAGAGCGAGAAGAGGAGGAGGAGGGCUCGCUCUGUAGUCACAAGUCUUACGACACAAAGAGAGGAGUUACAGAGGACACAAGACACUGUGUGACAAACAUACUUCCUGAUGUAGCCUUUGGGUGGCGCUGCACUAAGGACUCUGACCGACAAAGAUUCCAGC